AGGAGGCGGCUCUGCGCAGGCACCGACCGCCCCCCUCCCCGAGGAGCUGCGGAGGGAGGACGCGGGUUCAGCGAUGAGGGACGAACCUCAGAGCGCGCUCGGCCGCUCGGCCGCCCGCAGCCGCGGGGCUGACAAACCAGCGGCGGGAGGCUGCGAAGCGGCUGUGCCUGUGGCGGCUGCUCCUUACCGCAGCGCCCUCCGUUUUCCGCGGACACGGCUGGGCGUGCGCGCGCGCGUGCGUGCGAUCCUUCCGCGGCGCCCGGGCACGGAGGGUCCCGGGAAGGGCGGGGGGAGACUGAGGCGGGGGCGCGGAGGGAUACCGCCCCGGGACAAUCACGGCCGCCACGUGCGGGAGGCGCCGGCCGGGCGCGGUGGCGUUGCGGUGGAGGGCCGAGCUUCGGACCUCGGGCCGGCGGAGAGGGUGGACCCCGCGUCGCUCUCGGCACCCCAGGAACAGCAGCGGCACGGACGCCUUGGAGCCCCGCGGCCGGGCCGCGAUGUGCUUUUCUCCUGUGUCCGCUGCCCGGGAUGCGGAAUCUUGAGCCUCGGUGUCGGGUUACAGAGUUGUCCUGGUGACGGGAUGCGGAGCGUUUCCUCCUCUUUGUGGUGGGGGCGGCUGGUGGCAGGGGCAGCUGGUGGCAGGGUUGCCCACGCUAAUCUCCGAGUCUCUAAGGGCACCGUCUUUCCUGGAUCCCUCUUGCGCCUCGUCCAUAAAGGCAGACCCGCGGGCGCGCGCCGGCAACCUGAAAUCAGAGCAGGCGUCCGUGGCGCUCAGGAACCUUGCUGAGCUUCGCCGAUCUUUCAUUGUUGCUUCAUUUGGGUACCAAGGGCCUCUCAUUCUGUGGAUUCUUUGCCUGGAGGAGCCCCCUUAAUGUUGCUAAUCACGUGUGGUUAAAUUGCUCGUGAAUUCCGAACAAAACAAAUAGCGACCUGUGUUACACUGUUUCUUGGUAACUGGGAAAGUUACUGGUGGCUUGAAGUAUACGCAGAAAAUACAAAGAUUAAAAACUAGGGAAGAGUUCACUGAAUGAACACCGUAACAUUUCUGCUCUGCAGGGUAAAAUAAUUUCGGGACCCAGGUCUGGGAAAGAUUUGUAUUAACAAGGUAAACGGUGGGUAGAGUGCCUGAGAAGCUAUUCGUAUCGUCUUUGGUAGCCUCUGGGCACUAGGACUAGACAUGGAAUUAGGGGUCCCCCAACAAUGACUUCAAUUUUAGGUUAAUAGAAACCAUCUGCCACUUAAGGGAAAGAAAGCACCAAAAUGUAGAUAAGUUGAUGUUCACCCUUAAAGUUAUCGUGUAAGGUCAUGAUUUGUAGGAGGAUUAAGGAAUGUAUCUCUGGAAAGGGCAAGAACGUUGCUUUUAAAAGUCUAAUUGGUUCUGAAGUUUUAUAUUUUUUCUGCUGAUUGCUUUAAAAUGUUCAGCUACUAGAGAGAAAAAAAGUACAGUAAAAGAAACCCCCAAGUCAGAGACCUAUCAGACUGAGAAUAUGUAUUUUCUCAUGUUCUAAAGAUACAGAAUACCUGUGUGGUGUAAAAUGUGAGCCAAAAAUUGUUUCAUUUUUGUAAGUGUGCCUCCCACCUGAUUUAAUUACACUUAAUUGUUCUUGUUUAUGACUCUGCCUUUUAUGGUGAUGUUGAUCAUUUUAGUCCUUCGAUCAUAGCACUGUAUCAUCUUAAAAGUUAAUAAUAGAUUACUUGUAACACAGGCUAUGUGAGAAUUCAUCAAGCUGUAUGUACAUUUAUUGUGCUCUUCAUUGUAUGUAUAAUUCAAUAAAUUGAAACAGUAAACAAAAAGGUAAUUAUAGAAAAAAUACAGUGAUAACUUGAAGUAUGUUGAAUUUUUAUUAAUUUACUCUGAAGGUUUUAAGAUAUAAUUUCUAGACGUUACUAUCUUAUUGUUAUAGCACAGAGUUGGAAAUAACUACAUUCUUUUCCUAUUCUUUUAUUGUUGGCUUUAAACAGUGAAAGAAUUUGACCAACAAUAUUUUCUAAUUCAAAUCUCAAAAGAUUCUAAAACACAUUUCUUGGGUAAAAUAUUCACAAAAAUUUAGAAUUCUUGACAUUUUUCUAUAUUUUUCAAAAUAUAAUUCAUUUUAAAUUACUGCUUACUUUUCCAACAUGAUGUUAUUUUUCUAGAAUUGCAAACAGUAAAAUUUAAACAACUAUGAAAAAAAUUCUGUAUAAUAGAUUAAAUUUUACAGUUUCAAUUUUUAGGUUAUAUAUUCAAAGAGAGUCCAUGUGCUGUCUUGGUUUUCAGUACUGUAAUAAAGUAACCUGUGCUUUUUUGUUUGUUUAUUGAGACUCCGUCACCAGGGCUGGAGUGCAGUGGCAUGAUCUCGGCUCACUGCAACCUCCGCUUCCUGGGUUCAAGCAAUUCUCCUGCCUCAGCCUCCCAAAAGUAGCUGGGAUUACAGACACCCGCCACUACGCCCAGCUAAUUUUUUGUAUUUUUUGUAGAGACGGGGUUUCACCAUGUUGGCCAGGCUGGUCUCAAACUCCUGACCUCGUUAUUCGCCUGCCUCGGCCUCCCAAAGUGCUGGGAUUACAGGCAUAAGCCACCAUGCCCGGCCACCUGUGCUUGUUUUCUUUAGAACCAGCUUCCUUGCAUGCUGCUUUAUUUUCCAUUUGUGUACAGUGAUCUCUUCCUAUUUCAUCUAAGUGUUGCUUAUACGUUUCAGAAAGUAUAAAUAGAGGUGGAAUACUGAGCUUUAGUAAUAACAAUAUUGGUUCACUUAAGUCCAAAGGAGUAUCAGUGUGAGAAAAAGAAUUGCCAAUUUGUAUCUUCCUCUACUUUUCUGAGAGUAAGUAAUCCCUAGGAUAAUAAUUGUAAUAUCUGGGCAGAAGUUUAGAAAAGUUGUGGCUGUGUUGUUGAUACAAAUAGCCAGAAUAAUGUAGCCAUUAACAAUCAGUAGCAUAUUUAAGUUUGGAGUGCAUUAUUAUGCAUUCUUUCCAGAAUUAUUUUACUCUUAUUGAGUAAAGCAGAAACUGUGUAGUAAGCCACAUUUAAUGUGUAAGUCAAGUGGUGUCUGAACCACUUGAGUCCAUGUAAAAAUCAUUUGAAAUUUUAGCAAAACACAAACAAAUUAUCUUUAAAAUGUACACAACCUGAUAAUCAUUGGGGGCAGGAUCUAAAACUAUACACAGUAAUUACCCCCAAAUUUAGUAAAACCAUAAUUAACCAUCGGUUAUUUAAAAAUUUCACCGCAUAGUUCAUUUCUGAAAACAGUAUAUGAAUUAUAAAAUCAAUAUCACAGCAAUAAAGUUUAGAAA